AUGCCUGCGCUCACAAUCUCAACCGACACCCAGCAGCACUCCAAGGCCCCUCAUCCUCCUCCUGCCUCCUCCUCUCCCUCCCCGACCAGACCCCCCGUCUCACCCAUCACUCCCACCCAGGCUCCCUCCACCGCCGCCGCCCCGGGCCAGCCCCCCAUCCUCAGCCUCUCCCACAGCACCCACCCAGAGCGCGCCUCUGCCAUCCCCGUCCCGCCGCCCCAGCCCCUCGACUUCGAGGACAAUGCCGACGUCAUCGCCCUCAAGUCCACAAUCUCCCUGCUCCAGAUGCAGAGUCGCCGCGCCGACUCCCACAUCAGGACCCUGAGAGACGUCAAGGGCGAGGCCCUCAGGCGCCCGGAGGACUUCGUGCAGCACCUGGCCUCCUCCUCCCAGAAGAGGAGCGACCGGCCCGCGGCCCACGACGACGGCUCCACCACAGCGUCCUCCGACUGGCCAGAGCUGCCUGACCGGAUCAGCAUCGCUCGCUGCCCGCCCAUCAACUGGUCGCAGUACGCUGUCGUCGGCGACGCGCUCGAGAAGAUCCACGACGAGCAGGUGAAGCGCCCGGUGCAGGGUACCCCGGGCGUCUAUGCCAACGGUGUCUACGAGUUCAAGGGUGGAGAGGGCAGGCAGGAGGAGUACCAAGGGCCGACCGCUCCCUACGAUCCCCUCAACGAACAUGUCGGGAAGAAACCGAAGAGCAAGAAAUGA